AUGGCUGCUUUGUCCAGCACCAAAAUUGGAUGCAGGAUGAUACAAGAGGAAAUCAAGAAAGAAAAAACAUACCAGAACACCGGGUUAGUCGUUUCUGUUCCUGUUCCUGCUCCAGUUAUUAUUCACGGAGAGCAUCAAAUGCAUCCUCUUAACUACAGCAGCUACUCAUCCAUUGACACCCACCACCAUCACCUGGGUAGUUUGAAUCUCCACAACGAAAUCAACUACGACAUAAUUCAAAAUCAGAAUUGUUGCAAUUAUCAUAAUUCACCUAAUUGCAAUAGUCAAUCUGUUGACCUAAAUUUAAAUCAUUCUGGACAUGAUAUUCAUGAUAUUCUUCGUAAUGAUUAC